AGCCUGGAUGUGUUUUUUUGCGCUGCCAGUAACGACUGCUUCACCGCAAUUGUUUUUUUUCCGUCUAUCAUUUCCCCAUUCCCUUGACACCACUGAAUCAUUUUGACAAAGAACAGACUGAAACAGUUCCAAGGGCGGAAACUCGAGACUAAAAAGUAACCCGAGCUCUUCGCUGGUUUGUAGUCGGAAGACGAUCCGAGCCCAGAGGAGUCAUGGGGAACCGGGGCAUGGAAGACUUGAUUCCCCUCAUCAAUAAACUUCAGGAUGCCUUCAGCUCCAUAGGACAAAGCUGCAACUUGGACCUACCACAAAUUGCAGUGGUCGGCGGCCAGAGCGCCGGAAAAAGCUCCGUCUUGGAAAAUUUCGUCGGCAGGGAUUUUCUUCCUCGAGGAUCAGGCAUCGUUACACGCAGGCCUCUCAUCCUUCAGCUGGUCAAUAAUAAAGCAGAAUAUGCGGAGUUCCUGCACUGCAAAGGGCGGAAGUUUGUGGAUUUUGAGGAGGUGCGGGCGGAGAUUGAGGCCGAGACCGACAGGAUCACAGGAUCCAAUAAGGGCAUCUCCCCCAUCCCCAUUAACCUGAGAGUGUACUCCCCACACGUGCUGAACCUGACCCUGAUCGACCUGCCGGGGAUGACGAAGGUGGCGGUGGGGGACCAGCCACACGACAUCGAGCACCAGAUCCGAGACAUGCUGCUGCAGUUCAUCACCAAGGAGAGCUGCCUCAUCCUGGCCGUCACGCCCGCCAACACCGACCUGGCCAACUCCGACGCCCUGAAGAUCGCCAAGGAGGUGGACCCGCAGGGGCUGCGCACCAUUGGUGUGAUCACCAAGCUGGACCUGAUGGACGAGGGGACGGACGCCAGAGAGAUCCUGGAGAACAAGCUGCUGCCGCUCCGCAGAGGCUACAUCGGGGUGGUGAACCGCAGUCAGAAGGACAUCGAUGGGAAGAAGGACAUUCGAGCUGCGCUGGCGGCGGAGAGGAAGUUCUUCCUGUCGCACCCGGGAUACCGACACAUGGCCGAGCGCAUGGGAACCCCUCACCUGCAGAAAACCCUCAACCAGCAACUGACCAAUCACAUCCGGGACACGCUGCCGGGCCUGCGCAGUAAGCUGCAGAGCCAGCUGCUCUCCCUGGAGAAGGAGGUGGAGGAGUACAAGAACUUCCGGCCCGACGACCCCACGCGCAAAACCAAGGCCCUGCUACAGAUGGUACAGCAGUUUGGGGUGGACUUUGAGAAGCGGAUCGAGGGCUCGGGGGACCAGGUGGACACGGUGGAGCUGUCGGGCGGAGCCAGGAUCAACCGCAUCUUCCACGAGCGCUUCCCCUUCGAGCUGGUCAAGAUUGUCUUUGAUGAGAAGGAGCUGAGGAAAGAGAUCAGCCACGCAAUCAAGAACGUCCAUGGAGUGAGGACAGGGCUGUUCACUCCAGACCUGGCCUUUGAAGCCAUUGUGAAAAAGCAGAUCGUUAAGCUGAAAGAGCCCUGUCUCAAAUGUAUCGAUCUGGUGAUUCAGGAGCUCAUCAACACCGUCAGGCAGUGCACCAACAAGCUGGGCUCGUACCCCAGACUGAGGGAGGAGACGGAGAGGAUCGUCACCACGUACGUCCGGGAGAGAGAGGGCAAGACCAAGGACCAGGUGCUCCUGCUGAUUGACAUUGAGCUGUCCUACAUCAACACCAACCAUGAGGACUUCAUCGGCUUUGCCAAUGCACAGCAGAGAAACACACACGUCAAUAAGAAGAGGGCUAUCCCGAAUCAGCUCAGUGGACUGAGAGGGAGCGAAGAAGAGGAGGUCAUCCGCAAAGGCUGGCUGACCAUCAACAUCAGCAUCAUGAAGGGGGGCUCCAAGGAGUACUGGUUUGUCCUCACUGCUGAGUCCCUGUCCUGGUACAAGGAUGAGGAGGAGAAGGAGAAGAAGUACAUGCUGCCGUUGGACAACCUGAAGCUGAGAGACAUAGAGAAGGGCUUUAUGUCCACAAAGCACAUCUUCGCCAUCUUUAACACUGAGCAGAGGAAUGUCUAUAAGGACCUGCGUCAGAUAGAGCUGGCCUGUGACUCCCAGGAGGAUGUGGACAGCUGGAAAGCAUCGUUCCUGAGAGCAGGAGUGUACCCCGAAAAGGACCAGGUGGAGAAUGAGGAGGCGGGGCCCACCGACACCUUCUCCAUGGACCCCCAGCUGGAGCGGCAGGUGGAGACCAUCCGCAACCUGGUAGACUCUUACAUCGGCAUCGUCAACAAGACCAUCCGAGACCUCAUGCCCAAGACCAUCAUGCACCUCAUGAUCAACAGCGCGAAGGACUUCAUCCACUCGGAGCUGCUGGCGUACCUGUACUCGUCGGGGGACCAGAACUCGCUGAUGGAGGAGUCGGCCGACCAGGCGCAGCGCAGAGACGAGAUGCUGCGCAUGUACCACGCCCUGAAGGAGGCGCUGCACAUCAUCGGGGACAUCAGCACCACCACCGUCUCCGUGCCCGUGCCCCCGCCCGUCAACGACGGCUGGAUUCAGAGCGAGCCCAGCCCCACUCCGCAGCGCAGACCCCCCGCGGCCGCGCCCCCCCCCAGUCGCCCCCCAGCGGUGAGGGGCCCCACGCCGGGACCCCCCCUCAACCCCAGCCCAGCGUUUGGGGCCCCGCCCAUUCCCUCCCGCCCCGGCCCGCCAGUCAACGCCUUCAGCAGCAGCGCCCAGGACCCCUUCAGCGCCCCGCCACAGAUCCCCUCUCGGCCUGCCCGCAUCCCUCCUGGAGUGCCCAGCAGAAGACCCCCCGGCGCCCCCCACCGUCCCACCAUAAUCCGUCCAGCCGAGCCCUCCUUACUAGACUAGCCGUGGCCUGACCCACGCUUAGCGCCAAAGGGCAAACGAGAGCGAGGGGGGGGCCAGAGCACUGAGAGAGGGCCACACACACACACA